GGCUACCAUGACCAGCCAGUCACAGGGGAUCCAACAGCUUCUUCAGGCUGAAAAAAGGGCCAAGGAUAAGCUAGAGGAAGCCAAGAAGAGAAAAGGGAAGCGAUUAAAGCAAGCUAAGGAGGAAGCCAUGGCAGAGAUCGACCAGUACAGAAUGCAGAAAGACAAGGAAUUUCGACUGAAACAAUCGAAGAUAAUGGGUUCCCAGAGUAAUCUCUCCGAUGAAAUAGAAGAAGAAACACUAGGGAAGAUACAAGAACUGAAUGGACGCUACAGCAAGUGCGUGGAAAGCGUACUGAAUCAGCUUUUGAGCAUGGUCUGCGACAUGAAGCCAGAAAUCCACGUGAACUAUAAAGGCACCAACUAAAUGCACAGCAUAUCAUUCAAAGAAAAGCGUGUGAGUGCCACCUGG